CUGAAAAGACUUCCUCUCCCUCUCCAUGUCUCUAGCUCUCUCACAGGGCAGUUAGGGUGGGCUAAAUCAGAACAUGGACGCACACAAACAUACUUAGUAAGACGGGGUGGCGCUGGAGUGUCCUACAGUUGCUCAGUGACACACAGACACACUCACGAGGAGGAGUAGGACCCUGAGGCUAAACCUGGAGGUUCUCUUUUGUUUUCACACAUCAAGGAUUUUACUUGAAUCACUUAUUCAUUGUUGGGAUUAGAUUUCAGUUCCGUUGGAUUACUUUUGUCGCUGCGUGGCUCCUGGAUGACCUGUUUGGAUAUUUAAUGUCAUUCCUCAUCGCUGCUCCCGUGGGUGCAGACACAUGUUUUGGCAAACGGGUGUCUGAGUGUGAGGAGACUGGGUGAACAAGAAGAGCGACAGACAGACAAGAACAAACAAGCAGACAGGCAUAUGCUGACAAAGGUUGCCUCGUGCCGCCUCCAGAAGCCAAUACUGUGGCUUCAUUCACUGGAAGGAAGGUGUUGAGAAGUGGAGAGCCGUCUUGAACAAUCUAGCGGUCUAACUAACUAUUCAUCCCUCAAGAGGAGACGAGAUGUCGAGGCCUCCUUCCUCCCAGACCACCCCUCAGUUCCACAGGGUCAGCGACAGGGAUCUCACCGAGAUCGAACUACAUUCUGUGGACUCCAUCAACGACCUCCACCGAACGCACCAUGAACACAGCCACAAAGGGAUGAGGCCUCCUCGACCUGCUUACACACCCUCCCCAAAUGGGAAUCUAUACACAUGUGAUGUGACAGCUGCCAAUCAAAGAGGCCAUCCAGUCAGCAGCAAGUGGCAGAGCCGUCUACAGGAUAUGCUGACACCCAGUUCAUCACGUGCCUAUGCCAUGGGCUGUGCCAUUAUCACUUUGCUGCUGCUAACUGUGUUACUCAUCUUCUACUUUUUGGUCCAGCAGGGCGGCGCAGUCAGAAUGCUGACUGAGGCACUGAAGGAGAAAGAGGCUGCAGCCACAGAGCUGUCACUGCUGAUCCAAGAACUGCAGGCACUGAGACGCAACCUGACAGCCACGAGAGGAGGGACAUGAGGAACAUAUGUAUAAAUAAACAUACAAAUCUAUACGUACACACAGAUACACCUUUAAUAUUGGACGUGAGAUGCUUUGAAGUAAAGCAAAACUUUGUUUUACACUGGAUUUUUCCUUGAAGAGGAAACAUUAUCAAAAUGUUUCCUAAAUGUUUUCAGUGUUUCAGAUUGAAUGUAAGUGAUGGAACCACGUUAAGAGAUGGGAGGUUUCUGAGAACCGUUCCACUCUUUCCUGCCAGGUCACUAAAUGAAAAGGACUUUUGAACUCAGGUACUUUUUGUUCUGUGAUGAUGGCGCUCUUAUUAAAGCAGUAUAGCUGGUUAGAUUAAAUGAAUAGAGACAGUAUAUCUCAUGACAUUGCAUCGCAUAAUACACAUUUAAUAUCUGUAGCAAACUGAUUAUUCUGCAUUGUCGCUCAAAACGAUUUUAAAGUGUCACACAAAGUGUUUAAAUGACACAGUAGUAAGGUCUACCAGCUGUCUCUGUGCUGUCAGUCAUGUUGUGUGCAUAAGUGUCUAUCACACAUGGAGCAGCACAAUCAAAAUGUGGUAGACAAACACACAACUACAAUGUAUUAAAUGGAUAACAAAGACAAUACUGUUUUUUAAUGUAUCUGUUAACCGCUUUGUAUUCUUGUUUUGCUCUUUGUUGAGAAAGAAGGUUACAUUAAGCAAAGGUUGAUGACUUCAACCACCAAUUUUAGCAUACUAAAUAUAUAAUUAUCCGUUACUUAACAGUUUAAACAGGGUGUAAUUUUGUUUUAAAGAGUAAAAAAGAAUCACAUCUCUUAAAAUGAGCAGAUAGGUUGAAGCUGAUUUUCACCCAGAUGUUAUGUCCAC